AUGUUGAAGCAGCAGAUGAAGAAUAAGUUUAAAAUGUCUUAUUUAUCGAGUGUCAGUGUUAUAUUCAUUUUCUUAUUCCUGUUGGAUAAUACGACGGUGCUUGCGGAUUAUGAGAAUACAUUUAGUAGUUAUUUUGAGCAGCCAUGCUGCAAUGGACAACAUCAUCUUAGGCAUCAUAAAGAUCAUGUACGAGAAUUCACAUGUGGAAAGUUGUUUUAUAGAACAUUCCAUUUAGAUGAAGACAGAGAUGCGCUUUAUGUUGGUGCUAUGGAUAGAGUGUAUAAAUUAAACCUUAAAAAUGUCACAUUAACAGGAUGUGAGAAAGACCACAUACUGCUAGAUCCAACAGGAAGCGAUAUAAGUAAUUGUAUAUCAAAAGCAAAAAGUCAGACAUUUGACUGUAGAAAUCAUAUACGAGUGAUCCAAUCUAUGGACAAUGGAAAUCGCUUAUACAUUUGUGGAACAAAUGCUCAUAAUCCCAAAGAUUAUGUAAUUUAUUCAAAUCUUACACAUUUACCGAGAUCGGAGUUUGUUCCUGGCAUCGGUGCAGGAAUUGGAAAAUGUCCAUAUGAUCCGGAAGAUAAUUCGACAGCAAUUUAUGUUGAGAAUGGAAAUCCUGGCAGUUUUCCUGCAAUGUAUUCAGGUACAAAUGCUGAAUUCACAAAAGCUGAUGCCGUCAUUUUUCGCUCAGACAUUUACAACAUGACGUCGGGAAAGAAGGAAUACAACUUUAAGCGAACUUUAAAAUAUGAUUCGAAAUGGCUUGAUAAACCAAACUUUGUCGGAUCAUUUGACAUCGGCGAAUACGUCUAUUUCUUCUUCCGUGAAACAUCUGUCGAGUACAUAAAUUGCGGUAAGGCGGUAUAUUCACGUGUUGCACGAGUCUGCAAGAAUGACAUUGGCGGAAAGAACAUUUUAAGCCAAAACUUUGCGACCUACUUAAAGGCUCGCCUCAACUGCAGCAUAUCUGGCGAAUUUCCAUUUUAUUUCAACGAGAUUCAAUCAGUUUAUCAAAUCCCGUCAGAUAAGACAAAAUUCUAUGCCACAUUCACAACAAGUACGAAUGGCUUGGUCGGAUCAGCCGUUUGCAGUUUUGACAUUACGGAAAUUCAUUCCGCAUUCAAUGGAAAAUUUAAGGAACAAGCAAACUCGAACGCUGCAUGGCUGCCUGUAUUAAAUUCAAGAGUUCCAGAGCCUCGUCCUGGCACAUGUGUUGCUGACACAUCCAGCUUACCCGAUAAUGUUCUCAACUUUAUACGCUCACAUCCGUUGAUGGACAAGGCUGUAAAUCAUGAGCACAAUAAUCCAGUGUUUUAUAAACGCGACCUUGUGUUUACAAAGUUGGUUGUUGACAAAAUUUACAUAAAAAUAUUGAAUCAGGAAUAUAAAGUUUUCUACAUUGGCACCAACACCGGUCGCAUCUACAAAAUUGUACAAUUUAUGCAAGAUGGCGAUUCAAAAUCAACGCUACUCGAUAUAUUUGAAGUUGCACAAAACGAGCCCAUACAAGUGAUGCAAAUAAGCCAAAAGCGUAAAUCACUUUACGUGUCCACAGAUCAUCGCAUAAAGCAAAUUGAUUUGGCUAUGUGUAGUCGUCGUUAUGAUAGCUGUUUCAGAUGUGUGAAAGAUCCGUAUUGCGGUUGGGAUCAGGAUACGAAUUCGUGUAAACCGUACGAGCUGGGACUUUUGCAGGACGUUGCCAAUAAUACGAAUGAUAUAUGCGACAACAGUGUACAAAAGAAGAAAAUUGUCGUCACUUAUGGACAAAGUGUUCACUUGGGAUGUUUCGUUAAAAUUCCAGAAGUUCUGAAAAAUCAACAAGUAUCAUGGUUCCAUUAUUCGAAAGAUAAAGGACGUUAUGAGGUGAAAUAUAGUCCAACAAAAUAUAUUGAUACAACAGAACGUGGUCUAGUGGUGGUUUCUGUCAAUGAAGGUGAUGCGGGACGAUAUGAUUGCUACUUGGGUGGCUCGUUAUUGUGUAGUUACAGCAUCACAGUUGAUGCUCAUAGAUGUACACCACCGAACAAAGGCAAUGACUAUCAGAAAAUUUACUCUGACUGGUGUCACGAAUUUGAAAAAUACAAAUCGGCUAUGAAAACGUGGGAGAAAAAGCAAGCACAAUGUUCAGCGAAACAAAACUUUAGCAAUCAACAUCCUAAUGAAGUAUUCAACAGAAACUCUAACAACAAUGUCUGA